UCAAAACAAAAGUGUGUUUAUGUCAAAUAAUCAUAACCUAUUUAUUCUUUGCCGUAUAAAAUUAGUAUUUUUGUUAUAUAAAUAUAACGUUUAGAAAUGAGUCUCAUCAAUCGGAGUAGUUUACUUAAAUCUCAUUUUAGUGCCAUUUGCAGAUUUUAUUGUGUAAAAUCAAAAGAAGACAUUUCCAAAUUAGUGAAAAAUAAUAAAGUAGUUGUGUUUAUGAAAGGUGUACCAGAACAACCACAAUGUGGUUUUAGUAACGCCGUCGUACAAAUUCUAAGAAUGCAUGGCGUUACGUAUGACGCUCAUAAUGUAUUAGAGGACAAUGCUCUUAGGCAAGGUAUAAAAGAAUAUUCAAAUUGGCCCACCAUACCUCAAAUAUAUAUUGAUGGUGAGUUUGUUGGAGGCUGUGAUAUAAUGCUUCAAAUGCAUCAGUCAGGUGAUUUAAUUGAAGAAUUAAAAAAAGCUGGUAUAAAAAGUGUACUCUUGGAUAAUCCACCAAAAAAAGAUAGUUCAAAAUAAUAACAAUGUAGUGAAUGUAUUCUGACUGAUAAUAUAUGUUGAGUUACAGUACAUAUGAUUUAUAUAA